GAACAUGGAGUAGUGAAUGGAUAUCUGCUUCAUCUGGAGUUACUCUCACUGUUACAGACCUGCAGGUGAAGGUGGAUCCUGAGACUGUAGGACAGAGAGAGGUGAAACUCACCUGUAGCUCCACCUGCAGCUUCAGCAAGACCCCUCAGUACUACUGGUACAGGAAUGGACAGUACAGGUCAUAUAGAAAUGAUGCCUCCAUUAUGCUCCACUCCACCAGUGUAUCUGAUGAGGGCAGCUACUCCUGUAGUGUGUAUGGCAGCAGACAGCACUCUCCUGCAGUGUGUGUUCUGGGUAAACAGUGUUGGGGUGUGACUUACACUCCUAAACAUGUGUGUGCUCUGAAAGGCUCAUCUGUUGAUCUCUUCUGCUCUUAUAAAUACCCUGGAGGACACACAGUGACAGAAUCAUUCUGGUUCAUUACAGAGCAGCAGGUUGGUGUUGAAGCUGUGGAUGUGAGAGAGGAAGAGGAGUAUGAGGGGAGAGUGCAGUAUAGACAGAGCUCCCAGAAUGACUGUAGUAUGACAAUCACUCACCUGAGAGAGAGUGACGCUCACACAUACAGGUUCAGAUUCCACACUGAUAGUACUGCGGGGAAAUACACUGGACGUCCUGGAGUAUCUCUCUCUGUCACAGAUCUGAAGAUUACAGUAUCAGACAGAAGUAGUCGAAAGCACCUGAUCUGCAGCUCCACCUGCACGCUGCCCAACAACCCCACCUACAUCUGGUACAGGAAUGGACAGCCUGUAUAUAACCAGAACACUUAUAGACUGUAUGUGUAUGACAGUAGUGAGGAUGCAGGCAGCUACUCCUGUGCUGUAAGAGGAUAUGAGGAGCUCCGCUCUCCUGCUAUCUGUGUUUAUGGAAAGGACAGCUGCUGGAGUGUAACUUACGUCACCCAGAACAUCUGUGCUCUGAUUGGUUCAUCAGUGGACAUACACGGUUACUACACCUUCCCGGAUCAGCAGCCCACCCCCCAACCUGCCUGGUACGCCAGACUCCACCCACAGGUCAAAGAGCUGAGUCAUGCUGAUGACCGAGUGGAGGUUUUCAGUCACAGAGCUAAUGUGAACACACUAAGCCUGAAACAUCUCACAGAGAGUGACUCAGCAGAAUAUCUCCUCCGAUUUAAAGCCCCCUACAUGAUACACACAGAGAGCUCUGCUGGUGUGUCUCUCUCUGUCAUGGGCCUGAAGGUGAAUGUGGACUCUCCAGCAGUCCCAGGAUCAGAGGGACAGACAGUAACACUGAGCUGCAGCUCCACCUGCACUCUGCCCUACAACCCCACCUACAUCUGGUACAAGAACGGACAGCGUGUGUCUCACUGCACAUCUGUCUCCUGCUCUGUAUCUGCAGUCAGGGAUGCAGUCAGUUAUAGCUGUGCUACUGAAGGCAAUGAGAACCUCCUCUCUCCUCCUGUGUAUGCCCCUAGAAACACCAGAGCAUUGAUGGUUUCCUCUGGAGAGAGAGUGGAGGGAGAUUCAGUGACUCUGACCUGCAGCAGUGAGGCAAACCCUCCUGUUCUCACCUACUCCUGGUUUAAGCAGAGAGCAGCUGCAGACACACUGCUGCCAACAGACCAGAAUUACAGCAUCUCCAACAUCAGCUCCCAGCACAUUGGACUCUACUACUGCACCGCUCACAACCAGCUGGGACAGCACAACUCCACCACCACCCUUCUGGAUGUGUUAUAUCCCCCUAGAAACACCAGAGCAUUGAUGGUUUCCUCUGGAGAGAGAGUGGAGGGAGAUUCAGUGACUCUGACCUGCAGCAGUGAGGCAAACCCUCCUGUUCUCAACUUCUCCUGGUUUAAGCAGAGAGCAGCUGCAGACACACUGCUGCCAACAGGCCAGAAUUACAGCAUCUCCAACAUCAGCUCCCAGCACAGUGGACUCUACUACUGCACCGCUCACAACCAGCUGGGACAGCACAACUCCACCACCACCCUUCUGGAUGUGUUAUACCCUCCCAGAGUCCCGUCUGUUACUGACCGUGUGUCUGGUGACUCGGUGACACUGCUGUGCUACAGUGACUCCAACCCCAUCAGUAAUUACUCCUGGUACAAGAAGACAGGAAGUGGUGUUAUACUGUUGGGAAACAGCACAAAUUUAACUUUGGCUACAGGAGCAGUUGGACUUUUCUUUUGCACAGCUCAGAACCAAUUUGGAUCAAUGGACUCAUCAGAAUAUUCAGUUCCAACAGGGAACCCAGCUGGGACAUACGCAGCUUCUGGAGUCACUGUGGGUUUGUUUCUGACUCUCACUGCUGUCUGUCUAUGGAUGAGGAGGGGAUCUGCAGCUGUCAGCAGAAGGAGUGAGGAGGCCAGCACAAAUCAUGACUCUGCUCCUGUAUAUGAUAAUAUCUCAGCCCUGGCUAAGACCUCUGACUCCACAGUAUCUUCAGAUGAUCAGGAUGAAGUUCACUACUCCAGCGUUCAUUUCACACACUCCCACACACAGGAAGUGCAACUGCCAAAGGCUCUUAAUCAAGGAGAGGAAGUAGAGUACGCCACAGUGAACAUCACCAAAACAAAAGUCUCCCCACAGUAGGCUAUGCAAAUGGCAUAGUUCAUUAUGUCUGUAUCACUGUUACACAUGGAGUGUAAGUUAUUUCUGAAGCAAAUAAUAUA